GCGGUGCGGGGCGGUGUGUGCGCCGGGUGGGCCUGCGGUCCGUCUGGCUUGAUUACUUUUCUAUUAACGCCUCCCCGUGUGCGGUUCCUCAGUACUUUGUGCCACGAGAAGGAAGAGCGCAGCUAGCUGCGCGUUGUGCAGGAGGGAUGGAGAGCUCGGAGGAGGAGAACUUCGGUGUAGCCGUCUCCUCCCCAUCUGAUGCAGAAUUUGAUGCCAUCAUUGGGUACCUGGAGGAUAUCAUCAUGGAUGAUGACUUCCAGUCCAUACAGAGGAGUUUUAUGGAGAAGCACUACCAGGAGUUCGAUGAGUCAGAAGAAAACAAGCUCAUCUACACUUCUAUUUUUAAUGAAUACAUCUCUUUGAUAGAGAAAUACAUUGAAGAAAAACUGCUCGAUCGGAUUCCUGGUUUUAAUAUGACUGCUUUCACAAUGUCUUUGCAGCAGCACAAAGACGAAAUGGCAGGUGAUAUAUUUGAUAUGCUCCUCACUUUUACUGACUUCCUGGCUUUCAAGGAAAUGUUCUUGGAUUACAGAGCUGAAAAAGAAGGUCGAAGUCUGGAUUUAAGUGGUGGAUUAGUGGUGACAUCACUAAACAAAUCAUCCAUCUCCUCCUCCUAGAACAGUUGGUGCACUGCUACAGCUUGCAUUGGGACAUUAAAACACAAAAGGUCACGAGAAUCAAGGUGCUUUUAUGUGAUGAAAACUCUCUCAGACUGUGCCUUCAGAUGCCUGUAACUUGCUGGUAUUCAGUGGCCACAGAAGAAGAGAACUGUAGUCCUCCUGGAGUAAUUGUAUUUUAAAUACACAGUAUUUGCACACCAUUCUAACUGUUACAAAGAAACUCAGCGUGCUGAGAAGACGAUAAAUAGAGCUGUAUGUGUUUUUUUGCUGGGUUGGCUUCUCAGCCAUCAUCCCAAGAGGCAGAACUCUAAAGAAUCAAGAAGGCAAUGCAAAAAGAAAGUGUCUGUCCAGCUCUUGGGCAGGUGUGAAUACAUACAUGCCUUUUUUAAUCUUUAAUCUGAUGUUACAGCUUUGUUACAGAAGUGUAUGUUUCCAUAUGUGGAUGUUUUAGCCCCAGGCUGCCUGUGUGCUGGGUGAGGGUUGCUGUGUUAGCGUGCAAAUCUGUCUGCUCAUUGGCUUAAGUCAGUCUCAUCCUUAAGGUGCAAAGUUCUGAUUGGCUUUGUUUCAGCCCCCAGCUGUUCUACACUGAGGAAAUAACAGUGACAAUUCCAAAGCUGGCCUAUCUAUGCAGUUUCUUUCUGUUUGGCAGUGGCACAGCUGUAAGCUUGAGGGUACGUUGGGCACGGACCUGUUCACCACCUGUCAUUAGCUGCUCUAAAUAGCAUGCUGUUUAAAAUGUGUGUUUGCUUUUUAGCUGUUGGUGAAGUGAGUGCUGGUAGUGGGGCCAUAGCCAUAAGCCUGACACCAAACCCCAGCUGCUUCUGCCUUGACAGUUGCAAUUAAAAUGUAUUUGGAGCCAUAGUGACCCUCUGCUCUUGUGCUAUCAGACAUGUUAAUCUCCUGCUUCGUGACACGCUCAGGCAAUGCAUGUCUAAAAGCAUGAGAGCAGACAGGAGCAGGCUGCUGAUGCUGCAGAGCACUGAGUGUUCCCUGCCAGUGCAGCAGCAGCUGUCACCCAAUGAGGACCUGGGCAGAGCAAAAGUACAGCCUGCUUUGCAGGGAGAAAGCCUCCUACCAGCACAAAGAUGACCCUUGCUGGCUUCUGCCAGUCAUCUCAGCAGUGCUAGGGUUUGAUUGCUGAAGUGAAGUAGUUUAUUUGACCAGCAGUGAGGAGACCGGGCUGUGCAGGCUGCUCCCUCAAGCAUGGUCAGCAUGCAGGGCUGGGAAGCAAGCAGGGCAAUGCCCUGAGGUGGCUGUUACCAGAGGAAAAAAGUGAGGCCAUUGGGUAGCAGCUCUGAUCCAAACCAGAUGCAGCUACGUGCCCUUCUGAAUCCUGAGGUUAAAAUUGGAGGUAUCGAGACCUCGGGCUGCCAUUCGUACAUGGACAGGAGCUCUUUGGUUAGCUCCUUCCUUCAGACUAUUUAAGGUUCUAUCAAUUUUAAAAGAAACCCCAUUGAAAUGUUUUAAUUGUGAAUUGUUGAGCUGAAUUAAUUCUUAACUAAACCCAAAAUUUCCCCUUUUAAUUUUAACUGGAGCAAAAUCCUUAUUCUCCUGUUGCAGUUGCUCUGGAUAAUUAUGUGAAGUAACAGCAGUGCGAGUGGAUACCCAGACAGUGACGUCCCAGAGGGGAGGUGGUUCUGUUUUAAGCACAGCCUAUUGUAAUUUCAGAGUCCAGAUGGAGCACACGGUGUUGAGUGAAUUCAUAUUUGGAUGGGGCUUAUAUCUCAGUUUCCUGUGUACCAAAGUCACCGUUUCACAGAGGCGUGGUUCCUCACUUCUUGCUGUUGAUAGAUCUGUGCUGUUCUGCUUGCUUAACUCACAAAUUCUCUGUUGAGUGUUUUGAGAUGAAUUUAUUUUGUAAAAUAAUUCAAAUAGUGUGUUGACUAGAUGCAUUAGUUUGGCUGUGAGGUGGGGAUGUGGUUGACCUCUGUGUCAUUCGCCUGUGAACAACAUCCACGUGAGCAUUCAAGCUCUUUGUAAGCACUUGGGUGUGCUGAUACCAACUCACAGUGAAAUUUUGUUGUUGCUCCUUUUUCAUUUCAAUUUUAGACCGUGAAAAUUUGCACCAAAGCUCCCCUGGUUUUGAGUGGAGCUGCCCGGAUCAAACCCUGCUCACUCCGUCCUGGCUGGUUUCUGUGGUUUGAUGUUCCUGGGAUGAUUUGUUUCUCUGUGACACGCUGGGACUGGGCUCCAAUCGGUGCCUUUUCCACCAGGCAAAGGUCUUUUAUAAGAGAUUAAAUUUCUAUAUGCGCUGGGCUGUGUGCAA